AUGGGCGAGGGGGGCGGCCGGGAGAAGUGCCGGGCGAGGGCGUGGCUGGAGUGGUUUUUCGCCGCAGAUGCUUACGCAGUGGACCUACAGCCUCCGUCGCCGCUGUCGACCUGCGUGACCGUCCUCGUGUGGAUCGGCUGCGCCGUUUACAUCGUGUUCCUCGCACUGAAGCUCUCGCGCACCCCAGAGACGAAGGACGUGGCCGUGGAAUGGAGCAAGAACGCGGGCCCGUACCCGAUGCGCCUCGCGUGCCGCGCGGAGGGAGGCUGCUACCUCAGCAACUUCGUCAGUGACGCCUUUUCCUUCGGGCAGGCGUCGCGCGUCCCCGCGGACCAGCGCGACGGCUGCGUCUUCCUCGAGAAGGGCUCGUACUUCGACGCCUUCGUCGCGUACAGCUCCGUGCCGUCCGAGGGCCUCAGCGUCGUGUGGCGCGCGGGCGACACGCCCGCGAGCGGGGCGCUGGUCGGCGCCGGCGUGACGGUCGAGUCCGAGACGCCGGACUGCGACCACGGAGGCAGGGACUGCCGGAUGCUCUUCGAGACGCCCGUGCGCGCCGGGACGGAGCUCGGCCACCUUGUAGAGACCACAAACAACACCGCGUCCGGCGCAGCGGCGUUCCGCCGCGAAUGGUUCACCUUCCAGGCGAGCGACACGGCGGCGGUGGACGCGCGCGCAACGACGUGCACGCAGCCCGACGGGUCGCCGUUCGGCGCGGGGUGGGAGCAGGCGCGGAUACGGAUGCUAGCGCAAUACCACAAACUGGAGAUUAACAGGCGCGUGCCGUGGAUGGAGGGCCUCGGGGAGAUAGGGGGCGCGUACGAGCUGUUUUUGCAGGCGGGGCUGGUGAUUCUGCUGACGCGGGCGGCGUGGGAGGGGUGUGCGGGGCUGCUGCGGCGGAACGCGUGCUUGGUGGACGAGGGGGCGGGGGAGUUGAAGGGCGUCGGAACGGAUACAACCGACUCGGGGAUGUCGUUGGGGGUGGACGUGGGCGCGAACGGGGCCGGAAACGGCAAACUUGGCGCUGUGUAG